AUGUGGCACGGCGCGCGGGUGCUAUUACUCGCGGCGCUGGGGCUACUGGCCGGGCCUUCGGUCGCCGCUAAGAAAUACAACAUUACUAUCGGUUACCUACCCUCCAUCAAAGGGGAACUCAGGGAUAGACAGGGUCUUGCGAUAUCUGGGGCUCUAUCCUUAGCACUUGAAGAGAUCAACAAUAGCCCUGAAUUAUUGCCUGACGUGCAUUUGUUGCUGGUGUGGAAUGAUACCAAGUGUGACACGGUGACAGCGACCAGGCUACUAACUGAUAUGAGCUGUUCAGGGGUCGUCGCGUUUUUCGGACCAGAAGGCCGCUGUCACACCGAAGCCAUUAUAGCUCAGUCUAGGAAUCUGCCAAUGAUAUCCUAUAAAUGUUCCGAUUACCAGACAUCAACACUAUCAAAUUUUGCAAGACUGGAACCACCUGAUACGCAGGCGACAAAAUCUGUGAUAUCACUGCUGCGAUACUAUAGAUGGAACAAGUUUUCUAUACUGUACGAGGAGUCUUGGGUGACGGUGGCGCUGACACUAGAGAACCACGCCAAAGAGAACAACAUGACGGUGAACCACCAGCGGCCUGUCAUCGACGGCUACAAGUGCUGCGAGGAGAAGAUGACCUGCUGCGCCCCCGGCUUCUGGUACCAGUUCAUUCAGGAGACUAAGAACAGAACUCGAAUUUAUGUGUUUUUGGGUUCGACUUCCGGCUUAAUAGACAUGAUGACCGCUAUGGAGUCGUUGCAAUUGUUUGUGAAGGGAGAAUACAUGGUUAUAUUUGUCGAUAUGAUGACUUACUCGCCUAAGGAGUCCUUGAAAUAUUUAAUAAAGACGGAGGACCGCGCGUCGAAGCUGGUGUGUCCGCGCACGUCGGAGUUCCGCAAGCGCGCGCAGUCGCUGCUGGUGGUGGUGUCGUCGGAGCCCGAGGGCAGCUACGAGUACUUCACGAGCCGCGUACGCGACUACAACAGCAUCAAGCCCUUCGAGUUCCCCCUGCCCGCUGUCUUUGAGAAAAGGUUCAAUAAGUUUGUUUCCAUCUAUGCAGCAUAUUUGUAUGACUCUGUGAAACUUUACGCGACAGCUCUACACAAACUCAUUGAAGAGGAAACUGUAUUAAAAAACGAAACACUCACCUAUCAAAAGUUAAUGAGCAUCGCUACUAACGGAUCACUCAUUGUAUCGAAGAUGAUACGCAUCACUCCAUUCAAAAGUGUAUCGGGGAUGUCCAUCCGUCUGGACGAGCGCGCCGACUCAGAGGGCAACUUCUCCGUGUUGGCCUUCAAGCCCACGAACUUCACCGACGACGACAACAACUGCACGCACAGCAUGAUCCCCGUGGGCCACUUCCAGCAGUGCGGCCGGGAGUUCCCCGAAUAUAAACUAAACCCUCGUUUGCCGAUCGACUGGCCGGAUUCUGUGAAGCCGGAAGCGGAGCCCUCUUGCGGGUUCCUCAACGAGAAGUGCCCGAAGGACGACUCGCAGAUCACGUCGCUGGUGGUGGCGGGCACGCUCGCCGUCACGCUGUUCUGCGCGCUCGUCGUCACCGUCAGCAUCUACAGGAAGUGGAAGAUAGAGCAGGAGAUUGAGGGCUUGCUGUGGAAGAUAGAUCCACAUGAAAUUGGCGGAUAUUUGAACAGUGGACUUGUCUGGUCGCCUAGUAAGUUAAGUUUAGCUAGUGGCAUGUCGUGUGAGAGCAAAUGCUGCACUCAAAUAUUUACACCGACAGCGCAAUAUAAAGGAAAUGUUGUGAGAAUUAAGGAGUUGAAGUUUACUAAAAAGAAAGAUAUAUCACGUGAGGUGAUGAAGGAGAUGCGGUUGCUGCGUGAGUUGCGCCACGACAACCUCAACUCGUUCAUAGGCGCCGUGGUGGAACCGCUGCGUGUGUUGCUGCUCACCGACUACUGCGCUAAAGGGAGUCUGUAUGAUAUAAUUGAAAAUGAGGAUAUAAAACUGGAUAAGAUGUUUAUAUCUUCAUUGGUGCAUGAUCUCAUUAAGGGUAUGAUUUUUAUUCACACUUCGCCAUUAAUUUUCCACGGAAAUCUUAAAUCAUCGAAUUGUGUUGUCACGUCAAGAUGGAUGCUUCAGGUAACCGAUUUUGGUCUACAUGAACUAAAAUAUUGUGCUGAAAACGAUUUUAUUGGUGAACAUCAGUACUAUAGAGGCUUAUUAUGGAAGUCACCGGAAUUACUGAGACAAUUGGAUGAUCCAAACUGCACAGUAGGCGGCACACAGAAAGGCGACAUUUAUGCCUUUGGAAUUAUUUUAUAUGAGAUAAUUGCAAGACGAGGUCCGUUUGGCGCUACAUCUUUAGAACCCAAAGAAAUAGUGGAGCGCGUGAAGCGCGGGCGACGCGACGGCGAGGAGGCGUUCCGGCCGGACACGCGCGCGCUCGACGCCGACGAGUUCGUGCUGGGCGUCAUCCGCGACUGCUGGGCGGAGGAGGCCGCCGCGCGCCCCGACUUCCCCGCCGUGCGCACGCGCCUCAAGAAGAUGAAGUCUGGCAACUCUAAGAAUAUUAUGGAUCAAAUGAUGGACAUGAUGGAGAAGUAUGCUAAUAAUUUAGAAGAACUAGUCAACGAGAGAACGAGGCUGUUGAUAGAAGAGAAGCAAAAGACGGAAGAUUUGCUGCACAGAAUGCUACCAAAGUCGGUGGCGCGGCGCCUGACCACGGGCGAGGGCGUGGAGCCGGAGUCCUUCGACUCGGUGACCAUCUACUUCAGCGACAUCGUGGGCUUCACCGCCAUGUCCGCGGAGAGCACGCCGCUGCAGGUCGUCAACUUCCUCAACGACCUAUACACGGUGUUCGACAGGAUCAUCAGAGGGUACGACGUGUAUAAAGUGGAAACUAUCGGAGAUGCCUACAUGGUGGUAUCUGGACUUCCAAUAAGAAAUAAUGAUAGACACGUGGGUGAAAUUGCUUCCAUGGCGCUGGAGUUGCUGAACGCUGUUAAAAACCACAAAAUAUCUCACAGACCGAAUGAAAUUUUAAAAUUAAGAAUAGGUAUACAUACAGGCGCAGUGGUGGCGGGCGUGGUGGGGCUGACGAUGCCGCGCUACUGCCUGUUCGGCGACACCGUGAACACGGCCUCGCGCAUGGAGAGCAACGGCGAGCCGCUGCGCAUACACAUCUCGCCCAGCUGCAAGGCGGCGCUCGACAAGCUCGGCGGCUACGUGGUGGAGCCCCGCGGGACUAUACCCAUUAAGGGGAAGGGACAGCUCCAAACAUACUGGCUGGUUGGUGCUACUGAUAAAGCGAUACAAAAGAGAACAGUAGAGGGGGAGGAGCGGCCGUUGUUCUGCCGGCCGCGGCGAAGCCCGCGCCUGACGGACUCCAGGCACCCAUCCAUCACAGGGAUUUGCCUCACAGAGCUGAAGGGUGAGGGCCGCGUACGCCAGCGCCUGCACAGCGGCGCGUCGCUGCCCGCGCCCGCCUCGCCGCUGCUCCGUCGCGCCACUGCGUACAACAGACGUGCGCUGAGCUCUAUCGCGUCGUCGACGGCGUUCGAGGGCGUGUGCGGCGGCGCGUGCGCGGCGGCGGGGCGCGCGGGCGACGCGCUGCGGCCGGCGCGCUCGCUCGACGUGCUGGCGGCGUGCGGCCGCCUGCGCCGCCACCUCACCACGCGCUCGCUCGACGCCGACGUCGCCAUCGCCACCGUCUCCUCCUCGCUGUGCAACGGCUCGGCCGCGCCCGCCGAGGAGGACUCGCCGCUGCUGCGCAAGGCCAGCCUCUGCAACAAGCUCGACCGCCCCAAACGCAAGGUGCCCGACUCGGACUACAUCGAGUUCUACAAGAAGUGGCGCUCGCUCGAGAACGUGGCGGACGCGAAGGGCGCCAAGAUGCCGCGCUUCGCGAUCCGCUCGUGGCUGCUGGGCAUCUUCGGCGGCGGCGCGCGCAGCACGUCCUCGUCGCUGCGCCGCGCGCCGCACCUGCGCGAUCGCGAGUCUGCCGUA